ACACUUCAUUCCCUAGCAAAUAACUCAACACAACAACCGCAUUCAAAGCAUAGUAAUGGCUAAAGACGAGUUGAAGCUUUUGGGUGGGUGGUUCAGUCCUUAUGCCCUAAGGGUGCAGAUUGCCCUUAACCUGAAGGGUGUAGAUUACGAGGUUAUUGAAGAGACCUUGAAUCCCAAAAGUGAACUUCUUCUUAAGUCCAAUCCUGUGCACAAGAAAAUUCCAGUUCUUCUCCAUGCAGAUAAACCCAUAUGCGAAUCUGGAAUCAUAGUCGAAUACAUCGAUGAAGUUUGGACCCAUGCUCCCUCCAUCCUUCCACAAAAUGCCUAUGAUCGAGCUAAUGCCAGAUUUUGGGUUGCUUACAUCGAUGACAAGUGGCUUCCGCCCAUGAGAAAUAUUCUGAUAGCUGAAGAUGAUGAGGCAAAAAAGCCACACUUUGAGAUAGUAGAGGAGGCAGCAGGGAGGUUGGAAGAAGUGCUAAAGAAGAGCAGUAGUGAAGGGAAGGCAUUUUUUGGAGGAGAUACGAUUGGAUUCAUUGAUAUUGGUUUUGGUAGCUUUCUGAGUUGGACGAGAGUGAUAGAGAAGAUAAAUGGAAGAAAAUUGCUGGAUGAAACCAAGCACCCAAGUUUGGUACAGUGGGCUGAAACAUUUGCUGCUCAUCCUGCUGUCAAUGGCUUUCUACCAGAAAUUGACAAGCUUAUUGAAUUUUCCAAGAUUUUAAAGCUAAAGUUAGCUGCUGCAAAGUAAAUUAAUCAAGUUAAUUCAGGGAUGAAUUUCAAAUGGUUGUUCUAAGCUAUGCGUUUAGCAACUAUCUUCAUUUAGAACUUAUGAUAAAUUUAAAAUAAAGUACAAUCAUUUGUAAUUUGUUGUGCUUUUGAGUUUUAAUGUAAUGUCUCAACUUUCAAAAUUUCAUGACAUCAAUAUUAUUAUUAGGAGUUUAGUUUAA